AAAGAGCUCCUUUGUGACGGGAUGGGCAGAAACGGCUGAAUUGCAGCAACUCGGAAGCAGCAGAGCAUAGCGCCCAUGCUGGCUGCCCCUCGAUCCCCUCGGUGCCGAUACAAUGUCCCCGCAGCCUGUUGCCCUCAGAGUUUGUUACUUCAAAACACCCUGUUCCCUGACCAGGGCCAGCACACGGAGGCUUGGGCUGGGAAAAGUGGAACACUGGUUUUCUCCAGACAUCCCUUAAAGCCCGGUGAUCCAACCGACUGCAGGAGAGCUGCUCAUUGACAGAGCAGAAACAGUUCAUGAACUCGCACUAAUGAGUUAGCCCAGCCGUGAGAGAAUUUCACAGGUGGUUUUAUUUACCGCUGGAAAUGAUGGGCAGCUAAUGCAGAUCACAGAGUGACCACAGAACAGGAACAGUGUGCAGGUAUACCUUGGACCCAGGAACUGCUGGCUUCGGAGCAGCGUCACCUUCUGUGUAUGGUCUGGGUGAAAUGUCUGGAGAGACGUGGCAGGUGGACCUCAAGGGGAUGAGGGUGGACACGAUUGCCUGAAGACUGGGAGAGCACAGAAACCUGAGUGCAGGGUGCAUUCAUAAAUAACGCAGCCUGGAGGCAGGGCUUGGAGGCACAAACCCUCCCGGUGCAGCUGUGUUAGGGGUUUCACCUGGCAGGAUUCCCCACCUCCUUGGAAAGACUCCCAGCCUGUCAAAGUCCUUUCUGAAUACAUUUAUUUAAGCCAUUAUAUCACACUUGUCUUUGUUACAUCAAAAUGCCCCCAACGGUGCUCUGCAUGCCCAGCUUGACGCUGAGCAGAGUUGCAAACAGCUCUCCAGCGGAUGGUGGCUGACCUAUGGCCAGUUCUUCCCUUUCCUUGGCUGAACUGGCUGAGCCUUCCGCAGGUGCCCAUUGCCCGGGCUGUCCCACCUGCCCGUGCUCCGCAGCGGACAGACCCCAAAGCCGGAGGAGCGCAGCCUCCGGGGUGGGAUGGAGCAGAGCCGGGGAACAGCCCCUCCGAAGGGUGUUCUAAAGCCAGCAGGAUGCUGUCUCCCCAUGCCUUGCUUUGGGCUCAUCAGAAGCGAGGCUCUGCCGCUUUGUGCUGCGCUGCGCUGCUGUUGUGUCGCGGAACCAGCUCCGCGGGAUGUCGGUGUCGCGAUGGCCCCCGUGAUGCUGUCGGCACGGGCCCGUGACACGACACGCGGCACAGCCCGCUGGGGCGCCCGGCCCCGCCCCGCCCGGCGCCGCUCUCCUCCCGGCCGCCAGGCGGCGCUGUCCCCCCCCGCCCGCCGUCUCCUGGCAACGGGCCGGGCGGCAGGUGCGGGCCGGGCCCCGCGGCGGGCAGGUGCGGCAGCGCGGCCCGGUGGGGCGGAGCGGGGCCCGCAGGUGCGCGUCCGCUCGCCGGUGCCCGCGGGAGGAGCAUGCGGCGGCGCCAUGAGCCAACAGUGGGACGUCGGCCGGGCGCUGGCCCUCUCGGGCCUGUUCCGUGUGCUGCAGGGCGCGGGCCGGGCCUGCGCCGCCCCGUUUCUGACGCUGUACCUGCGGCACCUGGGGCUGCCCGCCGCGCUGGUGGGCGUCGUGGCCGGCGCCCGGGGCCUGGCGGCCGCGCUCGGGGCCCCGCUCUGCUCCCGCUGCCCCCGCGGCCGCCGCCAGCGGCGCCUCCUGGUCGCCGGCUGCCUGCUGGGCUCGGCGGCGGCCGGGCUGCUGCUCACCCUGGUCCCGCCGGCCCCCGGGGCCGCGGGGGGGCGGCUCUGCAGCGGCAGCCGGCAGCCGGGCCGCACCGGGGCUGCCGCCGGCACCGACGCCGCUCUGAGCGUCGGUGCUGGGUCGAAAGAACCGGUGGGAACGGCUUCUGCAGCCCUGACAGCGAGCGGGGGGGCAGCGGUGAGCAGCCCUGCCUCCCAGGGGCCGGCCGGCCGGCCAGGUGCGCUCGGCGGCAGCGGCAGAGGGGCCGGUGAGGACGGUGAGGAUGGCACAAGGACAAACGUCUCCUGGGAUGGUCCCUCGGGCUGGGCAGCCUCGGUGACAGCAGUUAACCAGGAUACCCGGGAAGCAGGGAUGCUGCCCUCCUACAGACCCCCCUCACCGGGAGUCAGGAAUGAAACCAGCAGUCUGGCUCCCGCUGUAACAGACCUGGCUGGGAAUGCUGAAGGCAGCCUUUAUGCUACUGAAAGUAAUGAGCCCUCGUUGUUUAACAUAACUCUUCCUACUGUUGGAGAUACUAAUGUGCCUGGGAACCUUUCAGACCACCAGAAAGACACUCGAGGUGUCAGCUUCGAGGCAGUGCAAUACAUCUUUCUGGACAGAGAGCAUCAGAUUUUUCUUAUCGUACUGGGUAUUGUUGUGCUUUGGGAACUGCUGGCUACCUCUCUGGAAUGGACAGUAGAUGAGAGUCUCUAUGAAUAUCUCGACUUUGUUGAUGCGACUGACAGGUAUGCCAGGCUGUGGAUUUGGAAUUACCUGGGUGCAUCUGUAGGUGCCUGCGGCAUUGCCAUAUUUGUGGAUCACCUGAAUUGCUUCCUCAGCGCUACAAUCACUCGCCUCGCUGUCCACUUCUAUGGCUACGCACUCCUGAUAACGCUGUCAUUGCUCAUCACUGUCUUUUUUCCCAUCCACGUUCCCAAGAAAGCUGACCGUGUUAACAAAACGGCCAAAGCCCUGGCCCUACUGUGGAGCGACAGCCAAGCAAUCCUGUACACCAUCACCGUCUUCCUCACUGGCAUGGCUGGCUCUGUGGUGCACAACUUUCUCUUCUGGCAGAUGCAGGACCAAGGCAGCAGUGAGCUGUACAUGGGGCUUUUCGUGGCCGUUGGGCUCCUGGCUGAAUUUUUGCUUUAUUUCUUCAAAGGGAAGUUGCUGAGGACUUUCUCGAGCAGCAAAAUUGUUGCAGUCAGUCUAAGCCUCCUGGCAAUCCAGCUUCUGUGCUACUCCUUCUUGUGGACUGUGUGGUCAGCUCUCCUUAUUCAGAUUUUAUCCGCCUUCAGUAGUGGUGCUUUGUGGUGGGCGGUUAACAUGACGGUGGAUGACAUAGCCACGCCAGGCAUGGAGAGGUCCCUGCACACUGUUCUCCAGGGCCUCUGCUAUGGUGGAGGAGCAAGCUUGGGCAGUUUUGCAGGAGGAUUUGUCGUGAAAUACUUUGGCCUGGCAGUUCUGUACAGGGUGUGCUGCGUGUGCCUGGUGCUGUGGCUCUUCUUAUUUUUAAUUGUCCAAUCUAAAUUGCCACGGCAGAAAAAAAUUAAUUAUUCUCGCCUCCUGGCUGCUGAUUCCAGUGAUAUGAGUGACUCUGAUGAGGAGAACGAGAGGGACUGGCUGGUAAAAGCUAUGAAGGAUGAAAGCUUUAACAGGAAUUGGUCACAAAAGCAUGGGAUCAGCUAAACUGUACUUGAAUGUAGGGAGUGGAGUGAUAACGUGGUAUGAUGAGGAUGCCCAGAAAUGACGUUAAUUCUGAAGUGCUAAAUAUAUGCAGUAUAUAUCUGACAGGACAGAUUUGUAUUUAAAAAAAAAAAAAUCUAAAUCUUUUUAUUUUCUUAAUUUAUAGUAUUCUUGUAGUAAUUUUUCCUCUUUAAACUUAAUGAUUUUGCUUCCAAAAUCGUAUCAAGGUAUUUCAGAUAUACAUUUGCCGAAAUGAAUGUAGCUAAGUUUUUAGUCAAAAAGCAAACUUGAUUAAAUUCUUGCUCCCCAGAGCUGAUGCUGUGGAAACAGUGAGUGACAGCCUGUGACCUGUACUUGGACACAAUUGAACAAAAACCACUGUAAUGCUAACAGCACACUAAACUUUUUCAAGGUGCUAUUUCUGUGAACUCUUUGUGCUAAAUAAGGGAUGUGAAUAAAAAAAAUGGUUCAUUUGCUCUGCUUUGAUUUGUAAAAUUAGGUUUUGCUACAGACUGUCUGUCUUCUCAUGUUUUGGGAUUCAAGUAUGAUUCUGCAUCGGCAUCUGUUGGAAAAAAACCUGCCAGGUCUGCUCACAGUCGGUGCUCGCUGGCCGUCCCAUUCAGACGGCUGCAGAGCAACCCGUGGAGUUCCUUGUUUACCUAAGGUGGCACCUAGUGUUCAGGCUGGCCAGGAAGCAGUCUUCCCUCCUGGUUCCAGUAACUCCGGUGGGCUGGGAAUUAGCAUAGGGCAAUAUUCAUUGAGAAGGAGCUUGUUGCUGGCUGAGUUGGUCUGGUUGAAGCUGGUGAUCCUCCCUGGGUCCGUUUGGCCUGCGGGCAGCCCUCUUCUCACGUUUCCCGUUUAGAACUAAAUCUGUGCUGAACAGGGCCUGCCAAGUCCAGAAGGAGCCUCAAGCUGCCUUAUCUGCCUUGCCUUAACCUCAAAAGCACACAGAUUUCGACCUCAAUAGGGAAGAUUUGCUUACAAACGAAAAAUUGCUGGUCUGAUCUCGUUAAAAAAUCCAUGUCAGACCUUAAGCAAGGCUGGCGGAGGAGCUUUGAGCCUUACAGUCCUUUCAGCUACCAUCAAAAGCUGCUGGCAGUUUGUUAGGUACUUCCCUCUUCAAGGAACUACAUCCUUCCUUUGCAGAGGGAUGGAUUUUAAUAACAUCUCCCUAGUGUUUUACAAGCCAUGAGACAGGCAGCUGCAAAAAGCAGAAUAUUUAUUUGAAAGCAUAUUUAAAAUGUAGUAUGCAAAUGGCAUUGCAGUCUGUCACUGCUGCGUUCUGGACUCAGUAGAAAGCAGUUGGAGACAAGGAAAAGUAAUGCUAUUGAAGAUAAUCUCUUUCUCUGCGUGCAUCGAUUCCAGAUUAUCUGUACAUCAGAUGUUUUCAGGGUAAUUAGCUCUCUGAUUUCCUGGCACAAAUCCACUGUGCCAUGCAGAAUACUCUACUACAAUAACUCUAUAAUAGAAUUGUCCUCAUGCCAAGAAUAGCUGGAACUUUUUAUUAAGAUGUUACCUUCUCCCAGGAAUUCAAACUCGUGUUGAGAACAAUUUUAGUGUCAAGAAUUCAUCCCAGCCUUGUUAUCAUAUAAUACCUCAGGAAUCUAAUUACUUGUUAAUAGAGUAUCUGACAUCAGGCUUCAGUAACAUAACUGCACGCAGCGUAUCGCAGAGCCGUCAGUGGUUUCAUGAGACAAACGCUGCAGCAGUAGCUGGAAUGGUUACGAUGCAGUUGCUUCUUUAGGUGGAAGUGGCUGCCCUCAUUUGAAGCCAAUUAAAUGGGUGGUACGGGCUCUUUUGAUCUGCUUCAGCACAAAAUCGGCUGCUGCAAUCCCAGUUUUGCAAAGGGAAACCUUGAAAUGAAAAGCGCUUGUGCCAGCCGUCCUGCAACUGUGGCAGAGAGGUGAUACCAGCUGCCUGGCAGAGACCUGGGCUCUUACCUCUGCCAUCAUUUUAGUCACAGAUGUUUAGGUGUGCUGAGCCACUGCCCCUUUGAACAGAAGGGAUGUAAGGUAUGGCCCAACUUUGGUGUAAUAAACUUGCAUAGUAAGGUUUUUUUUUUAAAAAUUAUUAACCCAAGAAACACAUUUGGUGCUGAUUCAGGAGAGGAUCAUAUUUAUACAGUUUGAAAUGUGUUCCAAACUACAAACCGCUAUGGAAAUGUGGCAGAGGGCUCAUUCACUGAAGAAAUUUCACCAGUUUGGUUAAAUGGUUUUCCAUUGAGGUUUAUACAGUUUCUGUGUGUGAGUUCUACAGCAUCAGUGACUCAAUUUCUUUCUCUCUGAUGGUCACAGAACCUGCAAGCCGAAAAGGUAAGGAAGAAGGUGGGUGUAAAUUGUUCUGUGUGAGACUUUGCUUUGAGCAUGUCUUUAUCGAUCCUGCAGAUGUAAGAAUGUGCCAAGGCAUUUAACGCUGUUGGGAAUAAGAUGUAACCAAGAAGAACCAAACUGCCUUUGGGGAAAAUAGAUUUUCAUGAUGCAUUUCCAACCACAUCAGCAGUUAUUUUUGCAUUACUUGGCAACUAUUUGCCAAAAAAAUUGAUGUAAAAACUCCUGUUUCUUUAAAUUUUUAUUCUUAAACAAUUGUAAAGUUAAAAGCGAUUAUAAAAAGAUUUUACUGUUUGCCUGCGUCACGGUGAACUUUAAGUACAUUUCAGAGGCUUAGAUGUAGAAAUACUUUUCUUUUUUUGCCCCUUGGUGUCAGUCCAGCGUUUAAGCUGAGCUGUGCCUUUCUUCUCUGAAUACAUUUAGAGUUAAUUGAGCUCAGGAGGCAAACCAUAGUCAGUGCUGAGGAACAGAUCCCACACAAUGACGGUCUUUGUUGCUCUUAGAUUUUAAAUUUCACAUAGCUCAAUGUAUGUGUACUUUGUGAGAAGUUUCAAAGGAUCCAAGGAAAUCAGUUUUAUUACAUGAGGCACCAUUUGCCAAAAAAUGACAAAAGCCUCUUGGCUUAUCGUGAAAUAACUUAGAGGCCCUGCAGGUAGUUUCGGUACACAGCUGAUGCAGCUGAACUGGAAUCUGAGUAACGCAUUGCAUCAGACAUCUUAUCUCGCUUUCUAAAAAUUGGUUCCCAAGUUAUAAGGGAACUUAUUGCAGGUUCUGUCUUUCCAGCAGUUGUUUUAUGAAGGGAUAUUGCAGAUGUUUCCUUCAGCUCCUCUCUGUGUGCACCUCACAUCUAUGUGUGACUUAAGUAGCGUGGCACUUUCAGAAUAUGAAAUCAGGUAACUUGGUGGGCACCACUUCUAAUGUUCUAAAUGUUCAUUUUUCUUGUGCAUCUGAUCAGCAUAGUGAGAUCCUUUCCAGUGUUCUCCAAAGAUUUCUAUAAUUCAGCAAACAACCACAUCAUGUGUCUUUGUAGACUGUAGUGAAACCUGCCCAGAUGAAUUCACAGAGAGGUUUUUGUAUUUUUGUAAUGAGUCAUUUCCCAAAAUUGUAGAUAUGGUCCAUUUAAGGUAAGUCUGAUUAGCUGUGGUUUCACAAGAAGGGGAGAGUGAUGUUUUUGAGAGCUGUGGAGUUAUUCUGCAUGUUCUGAAUCUUAAAAGCAAAAGCUCUUGAAUUGUCUUUUCUUCCAUGACGGGGUGUAAUGCCUCCAAGGCACAAUCCGUGCUGCCCUCGGUGCUGCUAGUAAAAGUGUUUCUUGUUCUGUUCAUCUUUAAAGUACAGACAAGAUGUUCCUACUCCGAUUUGAAGUCUUAGGUAAAUUAUGAUUACAGCAUGAUACCAAAAUUCUGUGCCUUUAUAACAUGGGUCCCAUUUAGACUUCUUAAAAGUAUUCGGCAGCUCCUCACCAUGACUGGCACGAGCACUAAGUUGUACUAAUGCAGCGGGGGGAAGAGGAGUCUGUCUUGAAAUGUCUUGACACUCAGCUUGGCAUCUGUAUUGCUGUAGUUAUCAAGAGGGUGCCAAUGUAGAGGAAUCUCUGCUAAUUUAGACUGCAUUUCUCAGGGCACAGAUACUUUUUUUUGUGCGUGGUUUCUCCCUGGCGCCUGGUUUUCCUGUAAUAUGAAUGAUUUUUCUGGCCAAGGGCAAUUUUUUACUUUAAAUCGGUUAUGUUGCGACCAUAAAACCGUGAACCCAAAUGUAGAGUAUGACACAACCUUAAAGUUAACCUUUGCUUCACCUUUAAUAUUUAGAAAUCUUGCCUGAAGAAAUCACAGAACAGAAACCGUGGUUACCUUAGCAUGACCUCGCCAGCACAGCAGACAGGGGAGCUGUCGGUGACAUGGCUUCAUUCUUGAAACUUCGAGAACAUUUCCACCUCUGAUCAGACUGAAAGGUCAGAACUAUGGAGGAAUAGGCGUUCGGGUCCUUUCUCAGCAAGUGACAAGUUAUAAUGCUCAGCUUCCUGCUGUCACCAAGAUGUGCCUGACGGAGCUGGCCGUGAAGGGCCCCGUGGGCAGCACCUGAGAAGCAUUUCUGAAGACUCCAAAUCUGUCGAAUGUGCCAUAGUGGUAUCUGCUGUUUGCUGUUGCCUGCUCAGGUUGUUUCUUUAAGGAGCUUCAAAUGGCCAUGUCCAUCCUAAUGUUCUCCAAGCUGCGUUUUAAUUCUCUUUGUACUUGUCAGCACUUUUCAAGUGCCUGGGGGGAUUGUGUUACUGUUGCUUGGUACUGGAUGAUUUUCUGUUUAUAAGCUUAUCGUGUUUGUGUACUUCCUAUUGUGUAGAGGCUUGGCUUUUAGAGAAGUGACUGCAUACAGGGAAAUAUUGGUACUUCUAAGAAGCGUUCUGCUAGUGCCCUGAAAGUGUUGCUGCUGGUGACGCUCCUGUCAUGCAGACCAAUGUGAAAAUCAACUUAAGACCCAUUAAAAUUUUGCAGCCCCGGAUCUGAGGAUGUAGAUCGUGCCUGGGUGACCAAAGAGCCACGGGGGCUGCCGGUCAGGCAGUGUGCAUGGGGCACGCCGACUGUCUGUGCACCAUGUGGUGCGCUUGAUUUGCAUUUACCUCUGCAAAAUGCAUUUGUGCAUAAUGAUUACAUUCAAUACAGCAGACCGAAGAGCGUGUGUUAAUUGGAUCAUAAUUCUUGUGUGUGACUCUGGACGGUUUGAUUUAAUCCCUUGUUUUUAUUAAGAAUAAAGUGAGCAUAUAGAA